AUGAAAUUCCAACAAUUAAUAUCUGCAAAUAAUGCUGGAAUUUUGGCAAUAAUUAGUUCUAUAUGUUCUAUAGCAACACUUUGCCUCUAUAUGCCAAUAUUAAUUUCAAAAAUUGUCCAAAUUAAUGAGCAAUUAAGAAUUGAUUCUGAAGAAUUUCGUGUUUUGGCUGAUUCUGGAUGGAAUAAAUUACAAAAUGUAAAGGCAGCUUUACCUUCUGCACAUUUACUGUUUAGAGAACGUCGACAAGCAUAUGAACAAGGUGGAGGAGGAGAAUUACCUAAAGCAUAUCCAUUACAUAACACUUAUGCCAAACAAGAUGCUUAUGUUCAGGGACCAACAUGUGUUUGUAAUGCACUUAAUUUAUGUCCGCCAGGACCUCCUGGUCCAGCUGGAAAGCCAGGCGAAGAUGGAUUUCCAGGAGCUAGAGGCCAACCUGGAGCACCAGGAUUGCCUGGAGUAGCUCCUCCAGUAACUAUUGAUACUAGCGCUGGAUGUAGGGUCUGUCCUCAUGGACCAACUGGGCCUCCUGGAUUACCUGGUGAGACAGGGGUACCAGGAACUGAUGGACUACCUGGACCACCUGGCCGAAAGGGUGAAGAUGGAAGGGCUGGUUAUCCUGGAAAUCCAGGAAUUCCUGGUGAGGCAGGCAAACCUGGAAAAUUGGGCGAUGUUGGGCCGCCAGGUCGUGAUGGCAUCAGAGGGCAAAAGGGGCCUCCAGGACCUAAAGGUGAACUUGGCCCAAGUGGUCCGAAAGGACCGGAUGGCUACCCAGGAACAGAUGGACAACGUGGAAAUGAUGGUACGCGAAAGAGGAUUCGUUUUGGAUAUUUAUAUAUUCCCCGUUAA